GAGAGUACGAACGGUUGAUAUUUACUACAUAGUACAUAUAGUACAUUACAUAUCUACAUAUAGUACAUAUUGCAUGUUGCAUACUGCAACUCAACACGAAAUAGUUCUUAACAAAUACAAAAUGACGGGAAGGAAAAAAGAUCCAAUAUAGUGUCAUUUCCAUGAAAUUAAAGAACCCAACAAACUUAACAAAGCAAGAUGUAGAAAAUGCGAUUUGAAUAUGGUAGGAUUGGUCGCUAGAAUGAAGGCACAUGUGAAGAAAUGUAACUCCACAUUAGUUGAUGACGUUGAUGUCGUUGAUGAAGAACAUGAAGAUAGCGCUUCUGAUAGCAGCAGCAUCGCCAGCAUCCGUUCCCGGUCCCCGUCUCGUAUAACGACAGAUACGUCAGAUACAGUCGCACAUGCUUCAUCAUCAACAUCAAGACCUACAAUAUCUACGCUAACAAAGUCUAAAUUGAGGUCAAGAGAUAUGGAAUCAUUUAUUUACGCUACAAACUCGGCCUUCAGACAUGUAGAACACCCAGAAUUCAUAAAAUUAAUAAACUUGUUGCAUCCUGAAUAUAAACCGCCUUUAAGACGUCAAAUCGCAAACAAACUAUUAAAUGAAGUAUUUGAUUCAGAGUUGGCAAAAAUAAAAGACUGUUUAAAUGGAAAAACUGUAUGUAUGGCUCAGGAUGGAUGGAGUAAUAUUCACAAUGAUUCAAUAGUGUGCAUAGCAGCGACAGAUAUCAUUGAGGAAACUGUGCAUUUGUGCGAUAUUAUUGAUGCUGAAGGUAAUAGCCAUACCGCGGAGUAUUUGCUAAAUUUGGCAGUACUUUCAAUCAAAAGUUGCCAAAAACAUGGUUGCAAAGUGAGAAGCUUUGUAACUGACAAUGCAGCAAAUAUGCGUAAAAUGAGAGAACAAUUGGCAACGUGUGAAGAACUUGGCAUGCCUGACAUUAUUACUUAUGGAUGCUUCGCACAUAUUUUAAAUCUUCUUGCACACGACAUUGAGAUUCCAGGAAUCAAAGGACACGUAAAAAAAAUUAUGAAAUACUUUCGAAACACACAUUUCGCCGCUGCUAAGUAUAAAGAAGCAGGUGGAAAAGCUUUAGUAAUGCCACAAGAUGUUCGAUGGGAUACCUUGGCCGAUUGUCUGGAGUCAUACAUUAGUAACUGGCAUAUUUUGUCUAAAGUUUGCACUGAUAAUCGAGUAGCAAUUAGCUCGGAUAUUUCAUCCAAAGUUAACGAUACGGAUUUAAAAAUCAAAGCAACGGAUUAUUUGGAAAAACUAAAAAUAAUUUCAGUUGCUUUAGACAAAAUUCAACGAGAUUGCUGUAUAAUUGGUGAAGCCACAGAAAUUUGGAUAGAAAUAAUAAAGAGAAUUUUAAAGAGAACAUUUUUUUGGAGUCCGAUCUUGAUUGUGUUCUGCAGCGUUUCAAAAUGACAAUGACGCCUGCACAUUAUUUAGCAAAUUUGCUAGAUCAUCGAUUUAGAGGACUUCAGUUAAGCGAAGAACAAAUAGAUGAAGCAAUGGAAUACGUCAAUUCGUACCACCCUGCAGCUAUGCCUGACGUAAUGUCUUAUCGAGCAAAAACUUCUCCGUUCAAAAAUUAUCUUUUUUCUGAGGAAUCUAUUAAUAAUGUUAAGCCGAUAACAUGAUGGCUUGCGCUAAAAAAUAAUGUCAAUAUUGUAACGUUUGACUUGGUAACACAACUCCAUACAGCAAUUGCUUCUUCUGCUGGCAUGGAAAGGCUGUUCUCAGCUUUUGGUUUAGUGCACACAAAACUGAGAAACAGAUUAGGCGUAGAAAAAGCUUCAAAAUUAGUAACAAUUUUGAAGGCACUCAACAAAAAAGGUGAAGUUAAUCAAACUGAACGUGAGAUUGAGACUGAGUUUGUAUAAGUAUAAUUAAUAUUAAUAAUUAUAAACUGAUCUUUUAAAAAAGUAUUUUUUAGUUGAGUAAUACAGUAAU